CAGCGUAAAUAAAAGCCCGUUGAACCUUUUUUUUUCCUGAAAAGGGAAGGAGUUUCCCAGUCGAAAUAUGUAUGACACGCACGCGCGCGCGUCAGAUGUGGCUCAUCAUCAUCAGUGAGGAGGGGAGGUCGGCUGAGUGGCUGUUGGCUUUACACUAAGAUGUCAGCGGCAGCUUCUCUGCAGUAAGCACAUUGAGGUUAUGCUGCCUAUUAACUCCUGCUUGAGUCUCAGUGAGAAAGAGAAAGGCUAAAGCCUGUGCAGAUCCGAUUGUUGUUGAGCAUCUCCUGUGCGGCUUCACCGCAGUGUCCUAACGUCAACCAUGAGCGACCCCGUGACUUCAGAUGAACUCACCAAUGCUGUGGCUUCAGUCGUUCAAAACCCCGAGUCAUCAUCCACACCUGUCCGAGUGCCACAGAGGGAGGAAGAGGAGGAAGGUGACCUGAAUAAAGCGUUAGGUGUUCAGCGCUUCCAGCAGAUCCUCAGCCCCACUCCCAGAGUUCCCAGCGAGCAGCACCGCACCUACAAUGAGAAAGAUUUUGAAUAUCAUCGUCACUCGUCCCAUCACAUCCACCACCCUCUGUCCAAACUCCCGGGAGACGGCAGGAGGAAGAAGAGUGGGAGGAAGAGGAAACGGAGCAGCAGUAAGGACCACAGAGUUUGCUCCAGCCCCAGCGGUGCUUUGACCAUCGAGGAGGGUGAAGAUGAGGAGGAGGAGGAAGACGAAGAAGCUGCAGAGAGCCAGAGCGCCACCCCAGCACCCACAACAGAGGGAAAAGACACUGUUCAGGUCCAGUUCUUUGUGUCAGAUGACGAGCCUCAUGUAUCCACACCUGAGACUUCAGAACCUCUUCCUGCUCGAGAAAUCUUGAUCGUCCCGUCGUCUGCUGUCUGUUCAGAGCCUCAGGACAGCACAUCCACUGAGCCGUCUGAACCUGUUCCUCCGACCCCUAGCACCUCUGAACCCAGCUCUCUGCCCCGUGUGUCGAGUCGCAGCUACGACCUGCAGGAGAGACGUCGCACGGGCAACAUGACGGGGACCGAGCAGGCCAAAUACCAGCGGAUCCCCACCGAUGAGUUUGAAGCACAGACCCUGGCCUCGGCCGACCUCGAUGGCAUUAAAAGUCAUCGUUUUGAAGAUGUUCCUGGAGUUCGUCGGCAUCUGGUCAGGAAAAGCACGAAAGGACAAGUGGUGCACAUCAGCAAAGAUCACAAAGAGCCCAGCACACGCAGUCGCAAACUAGACCGGACGCCACAUGAGGUGUUUGUGGAGCUGAAUGAGCUGAUCAUGGAUAAAAACCAGGAGAUGCAGUGGAGAGAAACGGCUCGCUGGAUCAAGUUUGAAGAGGAUGUGGAGGAGGAGACGGACCGCUGGGGGAAACCUCACGUCGCCUCGCUGUCAUUCCGCAGUCUGCUGGAGCUGAGAAAAACCAUCUCUCAUGGAGCUGUGCUUCUGGAUUUGGACCAGAAGACUCUUCCUGGUGUUGCCCAUCAGGUGGUGGAGCAGAUGAUCAUCUCAGACCAGAUCAAAGCUGAGGACAGAGCCAAUGUGCUCCGUGCGCUUCUCCUCAAGCACAGUCACCCGAGUGAUAUGAGAGAGCACAGCUCCUCCUUCCCCAGAAACAUCUCGGCGGCCAGCUUGGGCUCCAUGAUCAGCCAUCACCAGAGCAGCAGUAACCACCUGUCCCCUGUCCCCGAGCCCUCCGUCACAGAGCCACUCAUGGGCUCCGCAAGGAACAGUCAAGACAGCUCACUUCACAUUGACAUAGAGAAGAACGAGAAAGAUUCUGCUCCACCCAUAGGAAUGCACAAAUCCAAAUCCAAACAUGAACUUAAGCUUCUGGAGAAAAUUCCAGAAAAUGCUGAAGCCACUGUGGUACUCGUUGGCAGUGUUGACUUCCUGGAGCAGCCCACCAUGGCAUUUGUUCGGCUUCAGGAAGCUGUCGAACUGGACUCAGUGUUGGAGGUAUCGGUUCCUGUUCGGUUUCUCUUUGUGCUGCUUGGUCCUCCCAGCACCAGCAUGGACUACCACCAGAUCGGACGCUCCAUUUCCACACUCAUGUCCGACAAGCAAUUUCAUGAAGCCGCGUACCUGGCAGAUGAUCGGCAGGACCUGCUCAAUGCCAUCAAUGGCUUCCUGGACUGCAGUAUUGUUCUCCCUCCAUCAGAACUAGGCGGUGAAGAUCUUCUGCGGUCCGUCGCUCACUUCCAAAGAGAGAUGCUCCGCAAGAGAGAGGAGCAGGAGGUGGCCUUAUUGUCCAAAGAACCCAAGAGCCUUGAAGAGAAAGAGGCCUUGCUCACACCCUUAAAACUAGAAGACGACCCUUUACAACGCACAGGCCGUCUGUUUGGUGGGCUGAUCCGUGACGCCCAGCGCCGUUACCCAAAGUACAUCAGUGACUUCAAGGAUGCACUGAACCCCCAGUGCAUGGCAGCUGUCAUCUUUAUUUAUUUCGCUGCUCUUUCUCCAACCAUCACAUUUGGAGGCCUUCUAGGUGAGAAAACUGAAGGGCUCAUUGGCGUGUCGGAGCUGAUUGUGGCCACAUGUAUUCAGGGUGUGUUGUUCUGUCUGCUUGGGGCUCAGCCGCUUCUGGUGGUGGGCUUCUCUGGACCAAUCCUGGUGUUUGAAGAAGCCUUCUUCUCUUUCUGUAAGGACAAUAAUUUGGAGUACCUGACAGGUCGGGUUUGGAUCGGUUUUUGGCUCAUCAUCAUCGUGGUGGUGAUGGUGGCCUUUGAGGGCAGCUUCCUGGUCCGAUUUGUCUCGCGUUUCACCCAGGAGAUCUUCUCCGUCCUCAUCUCUCUCAUUUUCAUCUAUGAGACCUUCUCAAAGCUGGUCAAGAUAUUCCAGGAACAUCCUCUGAGACGCUGCUCUUCUGCGGUUCUUGAUGUUAACAACUCCACACACAACUCGAGCAUAGAAGAUGCCACUUCAAGUCCAUUAGCAUCAAACAGCAGUACACCGGAGACGGUGAAGGUGGUUGGUGAACCUAAUACUGCUCUGCUUUCCUUGGUGCUCAUGUCUGGGACCUUCUUCAUUGCCUUCUACCUGCGCAAAUUCAAAAACAGUGCCUUCUUUCCUGGCAGGCUAAGAAGAGUUAUUGGAGAUUUCGGAGUUCCUAUUGCCAUUCUCCUCAUGGUUCUGGUAGACUACAGCAUUCGAGACACAUACUCACAGAAACUGAGUGUACCCCGAGGUUUCUCAGUGACUAGUCCUGAUAAGCGAGGUUGGAUAGUCAAUCCUCUGGGCUCUGAUGGUCAGUUCCCCAUCUGGAUGAUGUUUGCCAGCAUCCUUCCAGCUCUGCUUGUCUUCAUCCUCAUCUUUAUGGAGACACAAAUCACAACGUUGAUAGUCAGUAAGAAAGAGCGAAUGCUGGUCAAGGGUUCUGGUUUCCAUCUGGAUCUGUUGAUCAUCGUGACUCUCGGUGGCACUAGCGCACUGUUCGGUUUGCCGUGGAUGGCCGCAGCAACUGUUCGCUCUGUAACCCAUGCUAACGCCCUCACCGUAAUGAGCAAAGCCGUCGCUCCAGGAGACAAACCUCGAAUCCAGGAGGUCAAGGAGCAGAGGGUGACCGGGUUACUGGUGGCAAUACUUGUAGGUCUCUCAAUAGUAAUCGGUGAUCUGCUCCGUCAAAUCCCUAUCGCUGUGCUGUUUGGCAUCUUCCUGUACAUGGGUGUGAUGUCACUGAAUGGAAUCCAGAUGACAGAACGGAUCCUGCUGCUGCUGAUGCCCCCUAAAUACCACCCCGAUCACACCUACGUGCGCAAGGUGCGGACGCUGCGGAUGCAUCUGUACACUGCGAUACAGGUGGUCUGUCUUGCUGUCCUCUGGGCGGUCAUGUCUACUGUGGCAUCGCUGGCUUUCCCGUUUGUUCUCAUCAUGACCGUCCCUGUCAAGAUGUUUCUUCUUCCACGCAUCUUCAGCACUCGUGAGAUGCAGUGUUUGGACGCUGAUAGUGCAGAGCCCACUUUUGACGAGAAAGAGGGACACGACGAAUACACAGAGAUGCACAUGCCAGUCUGAGCCACGACCGCAGCUGUCCGUCUCUCGCCUGUCUUCCUGUCAGUCACGCUAUUGGCCAAUAGGACAGUUGCUUUAAAAACUUUGAUAAACCAAAUCGCACAGCGAGUCUCGACAUGCUGUAGAGGUGAGAAUAGUGUUCACCCGGCAUUUCCUGAGACUCUUUUCAGUUGUAUUAGAGAGCUGCUAUCACACCGUUUAGCCAUAAGCAAGCGUAUUUGUCGUCUAUGAGGAAAACGAAUGUACCUUAUGGGGUUAACUGGACGUUCCUAGAACCAUUCAGGGCCCAUGCAAUAUUAUAUGAAGUUUUUAGUGAAUAUUCAUGAUCAAGAAAGAUUGCCAAGGUCCAUUUCAUCUUAAAUUGUAUGUACGUCUGUGCUUUUAAUAGUUUUACUGGCUCAUUUUCUGAUUUAUGACCCAGCAUACAUUAAUUCACACAAUCGACAGUAUUUUUUCUUUUGUUGCCAUCCGAUCAUGACUUUUUUUUCCUCUUUCAAAAUUCUGUCUAAACAGGUGUUUUCUCUUUUAUAAUGCAUGAAAGUCACAUGAAAGCCUAAACUCUCAUUAUAACUCUAGAUGUGCAGUUGCUGUAUAUUUUAUAUUGACUGUUACAUGCAAAUGACUCAUGAAUUCUGUUUUUUAGGAUGUAUUUGGUAGUAAAUGGUCUUGAGGGAUUUUAAGAUGUUUUAGCUCGGAUAGAUGCACUAGUGACCUAGUUUAGAGUCUUAAAACCCAUUUUAAGAAAAAGAAAAAGUGCGUCCCUACAGAUGAUCCCAACAUUGUAAUUCAUCAUAGUUAAACUAAAUAUGUUAACCUGAUAAACUGGUAUUUUCUGCCACAUUUCUAAAGUCCACAUUUAACGUUGAAUUAACACUAAAAGCCUGUUCUUUUUUUUUUUCAGCACCAGUUCUCAGCAACUUACUAAUUAUUUAUUUGUUAAAUGGGAACCAUAUUAUUUAUGUAAGUUCAUGAGGGAUUUUGCCACAGAAUUCCUGAAUAAUAUCACUAAUCUUUUCCCCAUCAUUCACUAAUAUCCCACUUUAUAUUUUUGGAUCCCUACAGCCAGUUAGACGGGGAAUCUGCACUAAUAAGAUUCAAUUCAGUACACUUUCACUUGGAAUAUUUUGUGCGCACAAACCAUUAGGAAUAAAAAAAACAACUUUAACUAUUUGGUUACGAUAAUUCAGUUAAGCAUGUGUUAUGUUUGUUAUUUUAGUAGCAUUUCACAUUUGUUUGGAAGGGUUUUUUUUUUUUUUUUUUUUUUUUUAAUCUCUGGAGGUUUUCACACCAUUGUGCUUUAAACUACAAAACAAGUGCUUUACUUGUUAUUUACAUUCCAGAUUAUGAUUCCAGAAUCGGAUGUGUUAGGAUCUUUUAAAUAUAGGAGGUUAUUAUGUUAGUUUUAUAUUAACUUAGAACACGUAAUU